AUGUCUUCGCAAAACCGGAAGUACUUCCGCUUUCGUUUCUUCCGAAUUCUGUUUUUCCUUAUCCUGUUUAUAUCUCCCACGACACCUACAACGAGUAAGCUCGGUUUACCAGAAAGCUGUUUUCAGCUAGCACGUACCUUAAUGACAUCCCAAUCAGACAACGAGUUCAACAAAUACCUUGUCCAAUGCCUGGCUUCAGUAGAAUGGCAACAAUUAUCUGACUUCGCCAUCCAAAACUUCCAAGAACUGAAAGACAAAAUACCACCUGGAAUUGCAAAGUCUGUAAAGGGAAGUCUUUUUAUUGUGUCUGUGUAUUUAAUAUGCUUAAGUAAUCAACUGUACAAACAGGCUGUGAUCUUAGCUGAAGACUACAAGGAGCAUCGAGAUAUGUUCAAAGAGCUACAGACAAAAAUGAAAGUCGUACUACAAACUAUAAAAACAGAAAUUUACUCAAUGCCACAAACCAUCGACUUUGCCACAUUGUACGAGCGAAUCGCGAAAGUAAUGGAAAUACUGAGUCAUUUUUACACCGAGCUCGAGCAGGUAACUAAUGACGUAAAAAAUGGUAUCAUCAGCAGUCGACUUGACAAAAACAAGGUCAUAGGUUACGGUGUUGUUGCGCUGGUCGUUUGUGUUGGUUCCCCCUUUGUUGCCGGUCCUGGGGGAGUAUUUUUAAUAUGCGCUCCUGCUCUUGGAGGUGUUGCUUAUUCUAUCGCAAGUUACUUGUCCCUUGACACAACCAAUGAAGAACUGAACCAGUUGCAGAAGGACACGAGAAGGCUAAGUCUAGAGUCAGCCAAGCAUCGAGCUCAGCUUCAAGUUAUACUUGCUUUGAUGAAAGGUAAACUUAAUUACUCACUGCCCGGUUAUGGGAUGUAAUUACCGUCAAAAAUAAAUGUUUCAUUAUGUAUCCACAAUUUCAGUUAUGACAUUGAGAUAUGCAAUUGUGCUAUUCCAAUGUGACGUCCUAAUAUGCUAUUUGGUCCUUGUGUUAUGACAUUAUGCUAUCUCAAUCAAAAUCAUUCAAUCAAAGUUCAAUCGUUACAAGUUUCACAGCAAUCUAUAAUCUGCAAACCCAGAACUUUGAGCUGGCUAUUGUGUGAUUAACAUUGAUGAAAAUGAAAUUUCCCUUAACAUGCAGUAGCCAGCACAUUGCAAAAGCAAAAUAGUCAAAUGUGAUAGUAUAAUGUCAUAACACAAGGACCAAAUAGCAAAUUAAAACGUCACAUUGGAAUAGCACAUUUGUAUAUCUCAAUGUCAUAACUGAAAUUGUCGAUAUCAUAAUUAAACAUUUAUUUUUGACGGUAAUUACACCCCUUAAUAUUUGAUUCAGGGAAGAUGAAAUAAAGACAAGUUAAACGUUAGUCUUUUUUAGGGGUAAAAAGUUAACAGUGAUGUUACAUUUCAUUUUUAUUUCAAUCAACAUAUUUUCUCCCUCCCUUCAUUUUUGUUCUACUGUUUGUCUCUCUUCCGUGAAAAGCGAAUUUCAUUCUUUGAGAUGCGUCUUUGUACCCGUUUGCAACUUUUAUGCUUGAAGAAAACGUGUCAGUUCUAGGUGCAUAUUAUCAACACUCAUUAGUAUGCAUAUUCUUAAUACUGUUCUACAUACAUCUCCUAAGGGGGCUGACAAGGAGAAUUUGUUGAACAAUCAAGAGCUUCUUUCGUCGGUGAUAACUAAUGUCUGAUUCAGGGGUGACAUUGUAAAGUGACAUCAGAUGCUAGUCACUCUUAGGGGUUAAGAGACUGAUGCACCCAAACAGAGAAAUAUUUUCAAUUCAAAACCUCUCACUGUGACUCCCUGGACGACGCGCAAUGAAGUACUUCUAAACAAUUGCCAAGCUCAUGUUGAACCUUUAGAAUCACUGUGGUAUAUAAUUGUGUCAGAUGGAGCCUUUGCAAUUUUCAAAAAUGUAUGGUAACGAGUAAAAAACUGACUUAUGUACCCAAAAAAUAUCAUAUUCAUACUUUGGAUCACUGUCAAACAACUUGGACAAGAGUACGAACGUGGUAAGAAAUCGUGGAUAUUCAAGUAAUUAGUUUAUAUAAUCAAGAACUAGUGAAAAACGUAUACAUACGGGGGAACCUGAGCUCCUGAUUCUGUGCUUGGAUACAAUGUCUCGACUUUUCACAGUCUCUGUGCCCAAUUCCAGCGUGAUUUCUUAAUUAUGACGUUUUUAGGUUUUAGUUCCCAGUGCUAACUGUACUCCUGAGCCAAGAUUUCACGUUCUACCCUUUCAGGGAACUUAGUGGACAUUCACAUCAAAAGCGAGAGCUGUAAAGACCCCAAACGAACUAAAAACACAUGUGGUUUCGCUUACAUCGAGGUGAAUGGAAUGGACCUCUCUCCUCGCGGCAGGGGAUGCAACGUUGUAGUUGUUGAUGGCAGAACAGGUAAGAAGGAAAGUGCCGAGUCAUUUUCCUGAUGGCUGGUCUUCAGUAAUCUCACCCAGUUCGGCAGAGAUAGUAUUAAAUGACCCAUUGUUUCCCCGAUAUCUUUUUCUCCAGUAAAACAGUAAGUAAACGGCAAAAUGGUGUAACAGUCUUUUUAAAAGUCUUCUUGUACUCCGCUAAUUGUUCGAGAAGACAUCAAGGAAAUUGUUUUUAUUCUCAUGCAGGAGGAGUUCUCGAAAGGAAAACAUUUGAUACGCAUUGGAGCCCCUCUGCUGGUGAUCAUCUUAAAGAAUAUCUCGACAGCCUCAACGGAAAGUAUGUCAAGGGUAGAUGGGUAUAGGAUACAGCAUGUAUUGAAUUGUAUAUUAUAAUUUAGAGAGACUGAAUGGUUAUAUAUUGUAACCUCUAUGCUCCCUUGUAAAGGUCAGUGUUCAGAGUUCCAGCGGCAUGCACCCACCUCAUUUACGUGUGUAUACAGGCGAAAACUGUCGAAAGCCCCCCUCCCCCUUUCGAAAAAAAAAAAACGUGCACCAGACAAUGAAAGGAGAAAGUGAGAAUUACACAUAACACUACUCCUAACCCUGAUAUUCUUGAUAGUUGGACAUUUCGUUCAUUAUUCCUAACGAAUAUCCCUUUCGUCCUUGCAGUAAGAUCGUUUUGGUGGCUUUUCAAGAUGAAGGUUCAAAUUACGUAAGAUUAGCGCUUAUCGCUCUCAAGAGACUGGGCGCUACCGAGCCUGUAUUACCGGACUAUAAAGGAUCCUUUGCGCUAGUUGGAUACGCAGGAGUAAACAAACCAUCGUGGGUUGAACAGAAAAUUGCCAAGAGAGGUCUGGGACCAAGUGAGAUAUCUCUGAAGAUUCAAUUAACC